UCCAAAGUCCAAAACGAAGGGAGAGACAGAAGAGAAAGGAACCGUGUUGAAGGUCAAAAUUGCUCAACCACCACCAAUUGAAGCCCGACUCCGUGGUUCUCCGAAGGUGUUCCUAGCGAUUUCCGACUUCUAAAACUCUUAUGCUAUAUCCGAUCGACAGCGGUCCGCGACUCUCGUCGGCGGUGACAGAAUUCCCGGUGAAUCACCGGUGGCCUGUCUUAGAGCCCUUCAUUGACUAUGAAGCAUCACGCCAAAGAAAAUAAUAGCAAGAGCAAUGGGUUUAUCCCCUCUUCUUUUAAGUUCAUAUCUUCUUGCAUUAAGACUGCCUCCUCCGGAGUCCUUUCUGCCAGCGCCUCCGUCGCCGCCUCCAUCGCUGCCGAUGGGCAUGACCGUAAAGACCAGGUACUUUGGGCUUGCUUCGACAGGCUAGAACUUGGCCCAUUUUCUUUCAAACAUGUCCUCUUACUGGGAUACUCCAAUGGCUUUCAAGUUCUUGAUGUGGAUGAUGCCUCGAAUGUCUGUGAACUAGUCUCUAAACGGGAUGAUCCAGUUUCAUUUUUACAGAUGCAGCCUAUCCCUAAAAAGUCUGAGGGGUGUAAAGGAUUCAGUGCAUCACAUCCAUUACUCUUGGUCGUUGCAUGUGAUAAAUCAAAGAUCCCGGGUACAAUGCAAAACGGAAGAGAUGGAUAUACUGAACCUCAAGCUGAAAACGUUGUCAGCUCAGCUACUGCUGUUCGAUUUUACUCACUUAGGUUCCAUAGCUAUGUUCAUGCCCUGAGAUUUCGAUCAACUGUGUAUAUGGUUAGAUGCAGUCCACAAAUAGUGGCUGUGGGUCUCGCUGCACAAAUAUACUGUUUUGAUGCUCUUACUCUCGAGAAUAAAUUCAGCGUCCUCACUUAUCCUGUACCUCAGUUGGGAGUCCAAGGAAUGGGUGGGGUUAAUAUUGGCUAUGGUCCGAUGGCUGUAGGGCCCCGUUGGUUAGCUUAUGCUUCUAACAACCCAUUGCCAUCAAAUACUGGUCGUCUAAGUCCUCAGAGUCUUACACCUCCAGCUGUCAGCCCAUCAACAUCACCCGGCAAUGGAAACCUGGUAGCUCGAUAUGCAAUGGAAUCUAGUAAGCAUCUGGCCGCUGGCCUGAUAAACCUCGGUGACAUGGGGUACAAGACGCUGUCUAAAUACUAUCAGGAUCUUAUGCCAGAUGGAUCUAAUUCUCCUGUGCCAUCAAAUUCAAACUGGAAAGUCAGUCGGUAUUCACCACAUUCUACAGAAGCAGAUACAGCCGGCGUGGUUGUUAUCAAGGACUUUGUUUCUAGAGCUGUUGCAGCGCAAUUUAGAGCCCAUACUAGUCCCAUCUCUGCUUUGUCCUUUGACCCUAGUGGGACACUUCUAGUUACUGCAUCAAUUCAUGGCAACAACCUUAAUAUAUUUCGAAUUAUGCCAUCUGGCUCAAAGAACGGAUCAGGUUCCCAAAGCAGUGAGUGGAGUUGUUCUCAUGCACAUCUAUACAAGCUACACCGUGGCAUGACAUCAGCAGUCAUACAAGAUAUAUGUUUUAGUCAUUACAGUCAGUGGGUUGCAAUUAUUUCUUCCAAGGGUACUUGUCAUAUCUUUGUCCUAGCCCCAUUUGGUGGUGAGACAGUUCUUCAGAUACAGAACCCGGACAUGGAGCGACCAACUCUUUUGCCAAUUUUUUCUCUGCCGUGGUGGUUCACUCCUCAUUUCACAGCAAACCAGCAACAGUUUUCCCUUGCACCCCCACCUCCCGUCACUCUCUCUGUGGUUAGCAGAAUAAAAAAUAGUAAUGCUGGAUGGCUUAAUAAUGUUAGUAAUGCUGCAUCUUCUGCGGCAGGGAAAGUCUCAGUUCCAUCCGGUGCUGUUUCGGCCAUCUUUCAUAGUUCCAUGCCCUAUGAUACACAGAAUGCACACUUGAAGGCUCAGGCUCUGGAAUACUUGUUAGUUUAUUCUCCUUCUGGUCAUUUGGUUCAGUAUAAACUACUUCCUUCAAUGGCAGCGGAGACAAGUGAAACUGCCCCAGGUACAGCCCCGGCUCCUUCAACACAGAUACAAGAAGAGGAUCUGCGGGUGAAAGUUGAACCGAUUCAAUGGUGGGAUGUCUGUAGGAGAAAUGAUUGGCCAGAAAGAGAAGAAUACAUAUCAGGAAAAAGUCUCAGUGGACAAGAAGCUGCGGAAAUGAGCUUGGAGAAUUCAGGUUAUGAAUAUGAUGAUGUUGCCAGCAAUAAUAUUAUAAAAUGCAAUGAGAAAUGCCUUUUCUCAAAUGCGGAGGUGCAGAUGAACUCUGGAAGGAUACCAAUCUGGCAGAAGUCUGAGGUGUCUUUCUAUGUGAUUAGUCCUUUGGAGGUGAAGGAGCAGAAUUUAUGUGAUGGACAUCAAACAAACGGAGAGAUUGAAAUUGAGAAGAUUCCUGUUAUUGAGGUUGAAAUAAGACAAAAGGAUUUGUUGCCUGUCUUUAAUCAUUUUCAUGGAAUUCAUUCCACUUGGGGUGACAGAGGUGUUGUUAUGGGUAGAUUCUCAAGUUCUUCAUCCGAUUCGCAUGGGGUUGAAGAGAAGUUUUCAGAAGAUGCUGUAAUUAACCAUUCAAAGUCAAUGGUUCCCAGCUCGUCUGAAAAGACUGAUGGUGGCUUGUCAGCAUGUUUUGCUUCAUCAAAUGGCUUGUCUAGUAAUGAGACUGAUUGCAAGAGCAGAGAGGAUGCUACGGUGGCAUCACCUGUUUUAAGGCAGGAAAUGGUUUUCGAGGAAGAUGUUUCAAUUGGUGCCUCGCAUUUUGCUGAUAGUGUAAAAGCAGUAGCUAAACUGUCAGAGAGUACCCGAACUAGUGAUGAUUUGAAUACGAGUUUAGAUGGUUAUAAUUUUAACACGAAUGUUGUUGAUGGGGAGCCAGUAGAUAACUCGCCUGACUUUCCGCAAUUUUUUCAAGAGGGAUAUUGUAAAGCAGCAGAUGAAUGUGACGAAACAACAGAAGUUGUUAAUGAUGUUGAUUGUGGCAGGCUGAAGCCUGGGGACAACAGUGAUGAUGACAUGCUUGGUUGUGUAUUUGACUUCUCCGAGGAAGGUUGAGGACUGCUUGCUUCACGAUUGUCUCCCAUUUAAAAUUAUUGUAAAUGGUUUGGUGUAAAGAAUUUGUUUGACAAGUGCAGGUGAUUGAUUUUCAACAAGCUAAGUGCUACUGACCAUUGAUUCGAGGAAUUUAAUGUUCUUCGCUCACAAUAUUCCUUGCUGGGCAAAUUAUUCUUUCACGUCCUUCUAAUUUUCAUGUAAAUGUUGUAUAUUGGAAUUCAUGAUUAUAAAUGAUUUGUGUGAGCCGGUUCUUUA